GUGCAAGUAAUCCUCCGGUUGUGCCUAUCCGAAUGCGGAGAAGCUCCAACCUUCCAAGUUCCAACGUACGCAAAUGAUAAACCAGACUGACAUUUUUUUCGAACCCACUUCGGCGGGAAACUUAGGUAGGCCGUAGGCUGGCUUAGCUCUCCCUCGUCAGGUCAAUAUUACAUCUUUUCUAGUAAACAGAGUGAAGAGAACUCGAAGAAAUAUGGAAGAAACCAGAAGCCGAGCAACUGCCGAAGAAGCAGAAGAAGGUCCAGCGAUAGGAAUCGAUCUGGGAACCACAUACUCAUGUGUCGGAGUUUGGCAGCCUCACCAGGACCGGGUUGAGAUCAUCUCCAACGAUUUAGGCAACCGUACGACGCCGUCAAUGGUUGCAUUUAACGAUGUCCAGCGCCUCAUCGGCGAAGCUGCCCAGAACCAGGCCGCGAAGAAUCCGUCCAAUACCAUCUUCGAAGUGAAGAGGCUAAUUGGUAGAAGUUUUGUUGAUGCAACGGUACAAAAUGACGUGAAAAACUGGCCAUUUAAAGUGAUUGCUGGCCCUGAUGGAAAGAAACCCAUGAUAGCCGUCACUUUCAAGGGCGAAAAGAAGCUAUUUGGUGCUGAGGAGAUAUCUUCAAUGAUCCUCCAUAAGAUGAAGACUAUUGCAGAGGCUUACCUAGGCAAACAAGUAAAAAAUUCUGUCAUCACGGUUCCUGCUUACUUCAAUGAUGUCCAGCGUCAAUCAACAAAAGAUGCUGGUCUGAUUGCUGGACUUAAUGUCUUGCGUAUUAUCAAUGAGCCCACGGCUGCUGCAUUUGCCUAUGGCAUUGACAAGAAAAAAAUUGGAAGUGCUGAUUCCGCUCUAAAUAACAUCCUGGUUUUUGAUCUUGGUGGUGGGACUUUCGAUGUAUCUAUCGUCACAAUAGAGAAGGAUGCCUGUGAAGUUAAAGCUGUGAAUGGGGACACUCACCUGGGGGGAGUCGAUUUCAGUAACAGAAUGGUGAGCCACUUUGUGGCCGAGUUUAAUAGGAAGCACCAUAAAGACAUUAGUAAAAAUCUUAAGGCUCUUGCGCGGCUGAGAGCAGCAUGUGAAAGGGCCAAGAGAAUCCUGUCUUCAGCUUCAGAAACGUUAAUCAAUAUUGAGUGUCUGUUUGAGGGCAUAGACUUCUCUUCGACCAUCACCCGUGCACGGUUUGAGAAUAUGAAUGUGGAUUUGUUUGAAAAUUGUAUUGAGACUGUUGAGAAGUGUUUAAAGGAUGCCAAAAUGAAGAAGCUUGACAUUCAUGAUGUUGUACUUGUUGGUGGGUCCACCCGGAUCCCAAUGGUUCAAGAAUUGCUACAAGAUUUCUUCCAUGGCAAGCAGCUCUGCAAAAAUGUAAAUCCGGAUGAGGUUGUGGCCUAUGGAGCAGCUUUUCAUGCUGCAACCCUGACUCGUGCCUGCUUCGGUAAGAAUAAGGAUGCUGUGCUUAAGGACGUUUGUCCUUUAUCUCUUGGUAUUGAGGAGGAUAACGGUGAAGUGUUUGUUGUGAUUCCAAGGAAUACCCCCAUCCCUACAAAGAUGACAAUGCGCACAGGAACUGCUAUUGACUACCAAAACGCUGUUUGUUUCCCUGUGUACGAGGGAGAGAUGUCCAUAGCAAAAGAAAACAACUUCUUGGGUGAAUUUUUCAUUUAUGGCAUUCCACCAGCAUCAAAAGGUAAGGCUUUGUUCAAAGUUGAUUUCGAGAUUGAUGCUGAUGGCAUAUUGACUGUAUCUGCAAAAUUAGAGGGAAGCAAAAAGAGGAACCAAAUCACUAUAACCAAUCACAGCGGGAGGUUGUCAAAGGAGGAUAUUGACCGGAUGGUUAAGGAGGCAGAGGAUUACAAGGCUCAAGAGGAGGAGUACAAGAAGGCAAUGGAUGCUAAAAAUGCUUUGGAGAAUCUCAUUCACCACACAGGAGGCUGUUUAAUGGGGGUUAGGACAAAGGCCUCCAGGAUUAGUUUGAAAAGUGCAAUUGACAAUACAGCGCGAUGGUUGGAGUGGAAUAACCUGCUUGGUGAUGCUCACAAGUUUGAGGAAAAGAUGAAAGAGCUUAAGAGCAUCUAUGAGUCUGCUAUUUCCCAGAUGCAGCAUCAGCAGGGAAGUGACACAAUUGUCCAGCCUGAGGUCAUUGACUUAUCAGACUAGCAGACGCUAAUGAACCUUGAAGGUCGAGUUUAUUGUGAAACUUUUACACCUUUUGGGAUGGCAGUGUGCUGAUACAGUUUCCUCUUUUUGAUAGUCUAGUGUUGCAAUAGCUACCCUAUUUCAAUGAUCAUAAUAAUUUAUAAAUUAGUCCCUACAUACAGAAGUAUCGAACCAAGAUACGCACCACAAUGGCAAUGUAUAUCUUAUUGUUUAGUACCGUACUUGAGAAUAAAUAAUGUUGGAAGAAGCAGCUGUGAAUAUGGGAGUGCUCUGCUGGAUCUGGAAACUAACCUCCCUUUUUGUAUGGACCAAAGAAAGUAGUCUUUCUUCCAUCGAUGCUUUAAUGUUAACAGUUCAUGAAGCUUGGCUUGUUGUACUAUAACAAUGUAUCACUGGGAUAAGUUGCAAACCCCAAACAGGGUAAGUUUCCG